AUAACAGAUCCUAGUAGACAUACGAUUAAAAUAUGAUCAUUUGAAAAUGAAAUUUUAAAAUUGAUUGAGUGAAAGAGGUUUGAAUUGAGAAAAAACGAGAGAGAGAGAGAGAGCCUAUAAAAGAAUGUAUGAUGAAGAGAAUAAAUCGGAGCACUCUGAUCCCGAUCGCUUGCGGGAUCUAGAAAUGGAACGCGUGCUUUACUGGACACGUCGUCUAUCCCUAAGGCCCGAUGAAGUGCAGCAGCUGACGCCACAGGAGCUGCAAUGUCGUCUGCUGCUCGUGGAGCAGGCUGAGCAGGCACAGGAGCUGCGCUUGGAACGGUUUAAGCGCUGGCAAAAUCUCUGCGAGCUGCGUUGGCUGAUGUACGAGGUGCAGCGGGAAUUCAAUGAGAAACAUGGCAAGGACGCAAUUGGUGUCUCCAUUUGGCGUAUUCUGGCCAUGGAACAAGACAAACUGGAAGAGGAGCUGCAGUUGGAUGAUCUGCGUGGAGAUUGCCAGCGGUUUCCCUCGCCCAUGUCUGUCAUGGUGCCGGAAUGUGAGACCGAAGAGAUCCUUAAGCCAUUGAAAUCUGUAUUGACUGGAUUUAGUAACAAUCUGAAAAUAAAACCAAGUAAUCAAUUCAGGGAAAAUAAGCUAAAGACUCUGACGCCAUUUACAGAUGCUCUAUAUGAGAGGGAGAAACAACGGCUGCUGGAAGAGAGCACUGACAACGAUGAAGAGCUGGAGGAGCAAGUUGAGAAUGUGGAGUUACUACACUGUGUUUGCCCUGAGAGCAGCGUAAGCGAGUUGAGCUCAGAGAGAAGUCUUUACGACUUGCAGGAAGAUUUCGAUAUUCAUCUCGAGUUGCAGAAGAUUAAAGAAUCCACAGCACGUUGCGAUUGGAUUAUGGAUACGUUAUUCGCUCCGUAUUUGGAGCAAAGUUCACAGACAAGUGAAACGAAAAUUGUAGAAGAACUUAAUGCUCCCUUUGCUUAUAAUCUGACAAUGAAAACUACAUCCAACUUGCAGUUAAUGCCACAACGUAGAAAUCCAACUUGCGAUUGCCAAAGUUCAAGCAUUUCGGAUUAUUAAUUGUAUAAAGAUCAAAGAUCAGACAAAGGCAAAGGCAAUGGCAAGAUGAACGAUGUGACUCCUUUUAAGGUCUUGGCUGGAUACUUAAUCACAUUUUGAUGGCUCAGCUCGCUCUGGACAGUCCGUUGUGUGUCGUUAACUGUCAAUUAAAUGGACACCUGCACGCCUAAUGCGACACUGUCUUCCAGUCUUUUUCCAUGGCAACAUUUGGCGCUUUUUUCACACUUGCCAAUUGGCAACGUUGAGCUGCCUGAACCUUGUCGUUAACCAUGGCUACCAAGCUCUUGAAUUGAUAAAUGGCCAACCAAAGAUCGCAGUCGGCAUCGACAUCAACAUCAACAUCGACAUCGAUGGACCAUUGACUGUUGUUGUUGUUGUUUGUUGUUGCUGUUGUUGCUGUUGUUGUCGUUUUGCUUCGCUUGUUUCACUUGGCUUUUCAUUGGCGGCCUUUGGCGAACUCGUUUGAAAAUUAAUAAGUAUCGAUUUGGCAGCCUCAAGGGGGCGCCCAGUUCGUUGCUGUCUGGCGGUUUAUCUUUGUAAAAUUCAAUUGAGGAAAUAUAUAUUACAAGUCCCAACAA